AUGGCUAAUCGUGUCGAAAUUAUCAGAAGUAUCUCCAAUCCAAACCAAUGGAGGUUUGUUGAAUCAAAGGAUAAUCCCGCAGAUAUCGCGACUCCUGGUAAAACACCUUUAGAUUUGAAAAACUCUCUCUGGUUCAGAGGGCCUGAUUUCCUCAAAGUCAAUGAUCCACCGGCUCAAGAUUUGUCGACCAUUGAAAUCAAUACAGAAGAUCCUGAAGUUAGGAAAGAGAUAUCAACAUAUGCCAAUCAAACUAAGUUGACGGUGAAAG